UCUCCAAACCUACUUUAAUGCUCCUAACAUACUGCGUAAAUUAUCCUAAACCUGCUACGGCUCAACUCUAACUCAAUCAACGCUAAUCAUGAAUAUAAUCCCAUCAAUCACACAACAGUUUCUUAACUACAUACUGUACUGUCCUUUGAGACAGCCUUAUCACAACUGAUUCGUUCAAAAAAGGUGAGGUACUAGGCAUUGAUCAAUCAUUAAACAAAUCUAUUUGAAACGGGGCGGGAGGAGGCUUUGUGAAGGUCACGUGUCCAUUUCGCGCGAAAGUGUGUUGAUGUUCUGGUCAUAGCGACUUUGAUCAAGCCUGCAUAUAUACCUCGAUGGCUGAAGCUGUUGAGUUGGAAUUUUAUCGUUCGUCUUUCCUGACCAGAAGAGAACUGUGUGGUUCUAGAUUUGACAUCAUUAUGUCUCAGGCGCGGGUCACCGAUUUUUACGUCCAGAGAAAGAAAGAUGCUAGUGGGGCUGCGCAUGGUGAUUGCAAUAUAACCCAAGUUGUGGACACUGUAACAAGUCAUCCCAGCACAAUAUCAACUCGGUCGAAAAGCAAGAAUGCAGCAUCUACAACAAAUGUUAUGAUAAAUACUUCAAAAUCCACAUGUUCUGAAAACAGUGUACAAGAGGAGUUUUGGAGGGUUAUUGACGAGGCGACUUCGGUCAAUAAGGUGGAGAGCGUGUCUGCUGUGCUGGCGAGGACUAACUCGGAAAAACAAACCAUUUUCUCCAGCCCUCGUACUCCCAAGAGGACCUCUACAGAUGCUGAGUUCGAUCUUGGAUCAGUUGUAUUUUCAGCCACUGCUGAACAUAAAAUCGCAAAGAAGCGUCUUCGGAUCGAGGCAAGAAAACAUGGCAUCGCUGCAGGGACAAGUCCUGGGUCGGUUAAAGUUGUGAAGAAGGCGGUCAGGAAGAAAUUGAUUCUCUUCGAAGACGACGAAAAGGCAACCCAGCAUCUGGCUAAAGAUGUCCUGCAGACUUUCUCCAAAGAGGAUGUUGCAGCACUCAAGUUCCAACUUCAGAAGAUCAAGGACCAGGCACGGAAAGCUGAGAACCUGCCCUCUACAGCCACAGGGUCUACUGCCCCAGACCUGAAGACAAAGCUAGCCUGUGUCAAAGAGCUUGCUGCUAAGGCACAACAUCGGAAGGCGGAGAGGUUGGCAGAGGCCAGAUCUACUGAGGAAAAUAAUCACCCAAUAACCGAGGAUGGAGAUAAGCUCCCAGCCUAUCAGCGGUACCAUACUCUUGCCCAGGAUACUCCCCCUGGCCUCACCCUGCCCUUCAAGUACAAACUGCUUGCUGGAAUGUUCCGUAGCAUGGACACCAUAGUGGGAAUGCUUUUCAACCGCUCAGAGACUGUUACCUUUGCCAAAGUGAAGCAGGGUGUCCAGGACAUGAUGCACAAGCGUUUUGAAGAGACCCAUGUGGGCCAGAUUAAGACGGUCUAUCCUACUGCUUACCAUUUCCGCCAGGAGAGAAACAUUCCUACCUUCAGUGCAACAGUGAAGAAGUCUAGCUACCAGCUCACAGUGGAGCCUGUCAUUGAAGCUGAUAAGAGCAAGGCGGUGCUGGCUGCUUCCCGCCUGUUAGAGAGGCGACGUAUCUUCCACCAAAACCUAAUCAGCAUUAUGAAAGGGCAUCACAAGGCGUUCCUUGCCAAGUUGAAUCCUCCUAUUAGAGUCCCAGAUGACAAGCUUACCCGCUGGCACCCUCGCUUCAAUGUGGAUGAGGUGCCCAAUGUCCUGCCCGGUGAGCUACCCCAGCCCCCACGGGGAGCUGAGAAGCUAACCACUGCCCAGGAGGUUCUGGACAAGGCCCGCUCCAUGAUGACCCCCAAGGUGGAGAAAGCACUGGCCAACAUGGUUCUGAAGACCGCAGAGAUGGUCUGUGUAAAAGAGCAAGAGCCUGUUCCACAUACUCCCGUAGCUCCUGCUGAAACUCACAGUGCCCUCAAAGGGGUGUCUCAGUCCCUGCUGGAGAGGAUCCGAGCAAAGCAGGCUCAGAAGCUCCAAGCUGCCUUGACCCGGAACCCUCAGCAGGAGGAGCGCCUUGUGAUGAUGUCACGGCUGGAGGAGCUGGCUCGGAUCCUGCGUAACGUCUUUGUGGCAGAGAAGAAACCCGCACUGAUCAUGGAGGUGGCCUGUAACCGGAUGGUCUCUAGUUACCGCUCUGCCAUGAGCAUGGGUGAUAUGGAGCUGCACCUUCGCCUGCUGGCAGAACUGACUUCUGAAUGGCUUACGAUUCACACAAUUAGAAAUGACUUCUAUCUCAAGUUGAACAAGACCUUGGACCUGAAUGUGGUACUGGAGAAGCUGAAGCAGAAGACCAAAGAGGAAGAAAGCCUUUGAAGCUUAAAAGCUAUGAUUUUCAAUGUGUAAUUUGAAUAGAGACAUAUUGUCCUUUGUAUGUACGCAUAUAUAUAUAUAUAUAUAUUUGUGACGUCAAGUCUUUGAUUAUUGUACAAUGCAUGGCUGGUUUUAAGCAAGUAAAAUAACUUGUACCAA